AUGUUCUUGGAGAAAGGAGAAUAUCCUGAAGGAAUCACCUUGAAUCAGAACAGGACAAUCAGAAAAUUGGCAAAUGGCUUUUUCCUUAACAAGAAUAUCCUGUACAAAAGAACUCCAGAUUUGGGAUUGCUUAGGUGUGUUAAUUCUUCUAAAGCCACAAAAUUGAUUGAAGAGGUACAUGUUAGAACCUGCGGGCCUCACAUGAAUAGGUUCGUGCUAGCAAAGAAAAUUUUGAGAAUAGGUUAUUACUGUAUAGCCAUGGAAAAUGACUGCAGCAGAUUUGUCCAAAAGUGCCACAAGUGUCAGAUUCAUGGAGACUUGAUAAAAGUCCAUCCAACAAAACUAAAUGCUAUGACAUCACCCUGGCCAUUUGCCGCUUGGGGAAUGGAUGUCAUAGGACCAAUUGAGCCAGCAGUGUCAAACAAACAUCGUUUUAUCUUGGUUGCCAUAGACUACUUCACCAAGUGGGUGGAAGCAUUAUCUUAUUCGUCAGUGACAAAGAAAGUGUUCCAGAUCACCCACCGAAUUUCAACCGCAUAUCGACCACAAAUGAAUGGGGCUGUAGAAGCCGCCAGCAAAAACAUCAAGAAAAUCCUCCAAAAAAUGAUUGAUAACUACAAAUAUUUGCAUGAACAAUUGCCUUAUGCAUUGCUGGGAUACCGCACUACGGCCAAGACUUCGACUGGAGCAACUCCAUACCUGUUGGUAUAUGGCAUCGAAGCAGUGAUACCAGCCAAAGUAGAAAUCCCUUCACUUCGGAUAAUACAAGAGGCUGAGUUGGACGAUGUGGAGUGGAAGGAAUGA